CGUCGUGUCACGUGACGCGGGCUCAGGCUCUGCGGCGGUAAACAGCUCGCGACGCCACAUCUCAUUUUUCGCGCGUUGUUCGUCACUUUGUUGAUUUACUUCGUGAAACCAGAAGCGUUAAAUCAUAGCAACAGUUCGUUGAAAAGCACAGGUCUUAUCGUUUGUGGGGAGUUAUUGAUAACCCAAAGUUAGCUUAGCGGGACAACGCUUUUGGCUGUAGUUGGCUGUCUGCUGCUGUGUCGCUGUUGCGGUGACACCAAUUGCGAAAGCAAACUUUUGAGAAAGCUGUGUACAAUGGCACAGAUUGGCAUGGCAUUGUACGUGGGGUUGACCGUGUCUUUAGUUUUCGUGACUAUUUUGCACCAAAGUUCUGCUGACUUUGUUUCCACACCUGUACCUCCACCAUCGACUCCUCCACCUCAGGAGGGCCCUGGCAUACCUGCUCAAGGACAAUAUAGAGCCAAAAAUGAGAACGGCACAGUCUGUUUGAAAGCAAAUAUGGCUCUGCAGAUCAAUAUAAGCUUCAAUUCUGCUGAAAACAAGACUGUGCAAAACAUUGUCAACCUUAAUCCAAAUGAGACUUCAAGCUCAGGAUCAUGUGGCAAAGAAAGUGCCACUUUGAUACUCAAAUCAGGCCUAAAGACCGAACUUACUUUCACAUUCACCUUAAAUACUACAUCUAAUAAAUACUAUUUGAAUGGUGUGUCUAUUUUGGCAAUAUGGGCGGACAUGAAAGAGAGCUUUUCUGCCCACAAUGACAGCCUGGAUUAUCUCCAGGGGAGCCUUGGCUUCUCAUACAUGUGUCGUUCAGAGCAGACCCUAAAAGUGUCAUCGGACUUUUCACUUAACACAUACUUGCUACAUGUGCAGCCCUUUGGUCUGACCGGAGAUUCGUUUGGAUCUGUGCUGGAAUGCAUGUUGGAUGAAGAUGACUUGAUAAUUCCUAUUGUGGUUGGGGCAGCUUUGGCAGGACUUGUACUUAUUGUGCUGUUGGCUUACCUGAUCGGCAGGAAGAGGAGUCAUGUAGGCUAUCAGACCAUUUAAAGUGUAGUCUCAUUUCUAUAAAGCCAGUGUGCACAAACUGAAAACCACUAUUUUUUUUUUUCUAGUUUGUUUUCCAUUUCCCAUCUUGCCCUUUUUCACUUGCAAGUUUCUGUAAAUGUCUCUUAUGAUUACGCUGUUACAACAUAGAUUUAAUAAUCUCCCAUUAAAGUUCUCAAUCUGUGUGCAUUUUAAUGCAGGGAUUUAAAUACAAUUGUUAGUUUGUCUUCUAAAAGGUGCAAAAAGGGAUAGUUGGCUAUUUGUCUCAAACCAUCACUUCAAAACAUCUUAACAUUUCAAAAACACUAAUUUAAAUCCUACCAUCUCUUGACUUUUUCUGCUGUGUUCGUUACACUUUUAACAGGGGAACGUAAAGAAAUGUCUGUCAUCUUUCAAAAUGUUAUUUUUCACAGUGUAGCUAUUAGCUAGGAUCAAUUAAGACUUGAUAUUUUGGGUGCUAAAGGGAAAUUAUAUUUCACUACAGUUAUUUAUAAAUGUGCAGUAAGCCAUAAUACCAGUGCCUUUGAAAAGGUUACAUGUAGGAAAGUAAACCUUUCAUGUGCAUCGCUGCUUCUGCCAUGUAAUGUUUGAUAUUAUGUUAUUUUUUUUGUCACUUGUUUACAUGUAUUGUUUUAAUGGACUGAUGUUAUAUCUAAAAGGGAGGUCAAUAAAAAGAGUAAAUGUGGAUUUCAGAAUUUA